AAAAAUAUCUUCUCUCUCUCUCUCUCUCUCUCUCUCUCUCUCUCUCUCUCUUCUCUUCUCUCUCGCUGAGUAAACCAUGAUUACUGUCACCUCCAAGCUCUCUCUCCUUCCUCCAUGUUUCUCUGUCGUUAACUCUUCCUCUCCACGUUCGAAAGAUAUGAAUUCAGAGCCAAAAAAUAAAGUUAAACUAAGACAAGACUGGAGGGAAAAGUCCAGACCUAUCCCACCCGGAGGAACCUAUCCAGCUAAAGACCAUUGCAGUCAAUGUGGGUUAUGCGACACCUACUACAUUGCCCAUGUGAAGGAUGCAUGUGCAUUUCUUGGAGAUGGAAUGUCAAGGAUUGAGAGUUUGGAACCUGUUGUGCAUGGUAGAGGAAGGAAUGCAGAUUCCUUAGCAGAUACAUAUUUUGGGGUGCAUCAAGAGCAGCUCUAUGCUCGUAAGUUGAAGCCUGUUGAAGGAGCACAGUGGACUGGAAUCGUCACAACCAUAGCCAUUGAGAUGUUAAAAUCUAACAUGGUAGAAGCUGUUGUCUGUGUGCAGAGUGAUCCUGAAGACAGAUUAUCUCCACGACCAGUAUUAGCCAGGACACCUGAAGAAGUUUUGGCUGCAAGAGGUGUCAAACCAACUCUGUCUCCUAAUCUGAAUACGCUUGAAUUAAUUGAGACUUCCGGAGUGAAACGUCUUCUUUUCUGUGGUGUGGGUUGCCAAGUGCAAGCAUUGAGAUCAGUGGAGAAGCAUCUGAAUCUGGAAAAGUUGUAUGUUCUAGGCACCAAUUGUGUGGACAAUGGAACACGAGAUGGACUAGACAAGUUUCUGAAAGCGGCUAGUAAGGAGCCAGAGACUGUUCUCCAUUAUGAAUUUAUGCAAGAUUACAAGGUCCAACUCAAACACUUGGAUGGACACAUUGAAGAGGUUCCCUAUUUCUGUCUACCAGCAAACGAUUUAGUAGACGUCAUAGCUCCAUCAUGUUAUAGCUGCUUUGAUUACACAAAUGCAUUAGCGGAUUUGGUUAUCGGUUACAUGGGUGUUCCAAAGUAUUCAGGUCUGAACAUGACUGACCAUCCACAGUAUAUUACAGUGAGAAAUGAACGUGGGAAAGAAAUGCUCAGCUUGGUAGAAAACCUUCUGGAGAUCACUCCAACAAUCAGCAGCGGUGAUCGACGACCUUUUGUGACAGAAACCGUUAAGGCAGACGAUGAUGCUAAGUUUGGUCAAGGUCCUGCUCAGCCAGCGCUACUAUUUGUUGGGAACAUUAUUGCGUUCAUCCUAAGUUUGGUUGGUCCUAAGGGUCUAGAAUUUGCUCGGUACUCGUUGGAUUACCAUACCAUCAGAAACUAUUUGUAUGUAAACCGAAAAUGGGGGAAACAAAGGGCUAACAGCCACAUGCCUUCAUAUUCCAAAAAGAUAGUGGAAAUGUACAACAAAAACGGCCAAAUAGAUCAAAUGCUCUCCAAGAAAUGAACGGUUUAGGUCUUCUCAUGUAACUAUGUAAGUUUGCAAGUGUAUAUCUCAUCUUACAGUGUGUAAAUGUACAUUGGUCCUACUGUUUCUCAACUUGUAGUAUGUUAGUAAUACCCAAAAACAUUUCCCUCGUGAA